CUCCAAACUGGUACAACAGAAAGGCUUCAGACCUGUCACAACUGUCAAAUACAUCCAAUUGCGGCAGUAUUGAUUAUUUCCAUGCAAGGGUAACUUGCAAUUUGGAUUUGUCUGCGAAUAGAAGGACGGUUUUGACGCGCAAUUGAGCGGACGACGAGAUUGGUGACCCCGCGCUCGAUCGAGGUAUGACAUACGACGAGUGGGAUUCUUGAGCACCGCUUCACUGUCCAGUACUACGGUUCUGCUAAAUACCUCCCGAGGUCACAUCUCUGGCCGUUGAGAUUUAUGGGUAGAGGAGCCCCGUGGCAUACGAACGCAAUGUCUGGAACCCUCCAGCCUGGCGACUCGCAGAAGCGUCCCCACGAUUCAGAGGAAGAAGAACCCAAGAGCAAGCGCCUAUGCAACCCACCACCUGCACCAAACCUCGUCGGCCCCCAACCAAUCGUCACCGUCAAAGUCCGCGCCGAUCCCCACCACUCCGCAAAAUGGCACACCUUCCAAGUCCACAAGAACUACCUCUGCCACUACUCACCCUACUUCCGCGCCGCCCUCACAGGACCCUUCAUCGAAAGCUCCGACCAAUCCAUCCAGCUCGAAGACACCUCCCUCUCCAUCUUCGGUAUCUUCGUCAACUGGCUCUACACCCAAACGCUCAUCAACAAAUCCAGCGAGCAGCCCCUCUCCAGCCACCUCUUCAAACUCUGGAUCCUCGCCGACAAAAUGCUGAUCCCGCGCCUGCAGAACGAUAUUUUGAGUAUGCUGGAGGAGGCGAGGAAGAGUAAAGGGUUGCCAUCGGCGGUGUUUGCGUAUGUGUAUGAGAAUACCGCUGAGGGGAGUGUGCUGCGGAGGUAUAUUGUCGAGAUGUGUAUGGCGAAGACGGAGGCGAUGAAGAACCCGGAUGAUUAUCCGAGGGAGUUGUUGCUGGAGAUUGUGGUGGAGGGGAGGAGGAGGGAGAGGGAGGUGCUGGUGAGGAGGGAGAGAGGGCAGUGGAGGCCGGAUUUGGAGGACUUUUGGGUGGAUGAGAGGGAGAUGGGGGGGUUGGAGUAUAGGAGGGGGCUGUUGGCUAAUGUUGAGCAGGAUGGGAGUCAGUGAAGAGUUUGGGGAUUCUGACCGGACAAUUCAUCGACUAGCGGCUUGGUUCGACAGCAUAUACAGCUCGUGUGGCUCAAGAUCAGAUGGCAGUCAAUGAUGAUUGCGGUUGUCUGCGUUCUGUUGGUUUCUUUGAGGCUUCCGAGCCAUCAAUCUCGCUACAAUUCCGACCUUUGCUGCUUAUUUCACUCUUGGCAACGAUCAUGCGUCGUUAUCCACAUCGGAACUACUCAAUCGGUUCUGGCGGCGAGCAGUUACCUCGAAGCUACAACCUGCUGAGGUAUUGCUGCCUGGUAUGAAUCCUGAAACGGUGGAACAUGACUUGACAGUGGUGGAAGGGAAUUGUGAGAUUGGAAUCGAGAGAGAGUUCACAUGCUGUUAUAGCUAUCAUUUUCAGGAGAAGGGGAAUGCAUUGCUUGAUGCUCUCAAUUAUGAGCUGUGUGAACGAAGCUGGGGUAAAAGCACUGGGGAAUCAUCCUGGCUGUAGCAGUCCACCUUGGGAGUUGUUGAAAUACCAAUAUCACAACAACUCCGUCUCCCAGGGCACGAAUUGCAAUCCAAGGAACUUUCGCUGAAGUCGUAGAUGUCUAAAUCAGUGUCUUGAGGUAGUAGGGGUAUUGAAUCAAGAGAGAAAGAGCUUGGCUUCUCCCUUGGCCAGUAGAAGAGAGACCUGCACGUGAUGAAUGCAUGCAUGUAUUUCUUUGACGCCAUAGACCGAAAUUAUUACUUUUGAA